ACCCAGGUCUCCCGUGCUGUAGGCAGACGCCUUACUGUCUGAGUCACCAGGGAAGUCCAACAUUAAAAAACAUUCCAGGAUAAAGUCAACAUUAAAAAAUUUCCCGUGGUAUGUAUGUAUGUACUUUUAUUGAGGCAUAGUUGAUAUCCAGUAUUAUAUGUUCAAGUGUGCAAUAUAGGGACUCACAAUGUAAAGGUUGUAUUUCAUUUAUAGUUUUUAUAAAACACCGGCCAUAUUUCUUGUGCUAUAUCCUAUAGAGAUAAAUAAGCUGUCUAACUUCGUAGCUUAUUUAUUUUACACCUGGUAGCUUGUAAAUCCCCUACCCCGACCCUGCCCCUCUCUGCUUCUCUCUCCACGUGGGUAACCACUACUUUGAUCUCUACAUCUGUGAGUCUGUUUUGUUUUGUUGUGUUCAUUCAUUUGCUUCAUUUUGAUUCCACAUAUAAGUGAUGACAUGCAGCAUUUUUCUUUCUCUGACUUAUUGCACUAAGCAUGAUACUCUAAGUGUCCACCAACAGAUGAAUGAUGUGCGUUCCACACACACAGUGGAACAGUCUUCAGCCAUAAAAAAGGACGAAAAUCUGCCAUUUGCACCAAUAUGAAUGGACUUGAAGGGUACGAACCCUUAGUAUUUAUUAACCCAAUCAUGAUAAAUACUUUAAACGGAUUAUCUAAUUUGAAUUUUCAACCUUGUUAGCUGAGUUCUUAUGUAUUUGAAGUCAGGAAUGCUUAACUGGGAAACUGAGCUGUUAACUCCCACGGUAAAUCAUGUCCACUGGAAGUUUCCCAGAUGCAGGUUGUUCUCGCUGAAGUCCGAGAUUUUAUCCUUUUUCUAUGUCUUCUCUUUUAUCUCACCAACUUAUGCUUAUUUUUCAGGUUCCAAUUUAGUCAGCCCUUCCUCCAGGAAGACUUCCCUGAUUCUUGAAGACGGGAUGCACUCCCCAUCAAUAUUCCGUCUUAUUUCCAUCUAGCACUUUUCACUUUGUCCUGAAAUUUCUGGAACCCCUCCCAGGCUAUACAUUGUCUUUCUUUCUUUCUUUCUUUUUUUGAGUUCAGGGCAGCGUCUUGAUUUAUUUUCCUCUCCAGAAGUGAAAGAUCCUUCAGUCCAGUAUCUCAGUUUCUCCUGAGUUGUCCUUAUCUACGAGGCUAUGAGAACCCUCAGUUAUGCAGCCCGACACCGCCAACCAGACCCACACGGCGGAGUUUGUCUUGGUGGGCUUCGCUGAGGUGCGUGAGACGCGCCUCUUCCUUUUCUCACUCUUCCUCACCAUGUACCUGCUCACCCUGGUGGAGAACUUGGCCAUCAUCGUGCUGGUGGGCUUGGACCACCGCCUCCAUAGGCCCAUGUAUUUCUUCCUGACGCACUUGUCCUGCCUUGAAAUCGGCUACACUUCGGUCACAGUGCCCAAGAUGCUGGCGGGCUUCCUUGGGGUGGCUGGAGGCCAGAGGAUCUCCUACGCAGGCUGCCUCACCCAGCUUUUUGUCUUCACCUUCCUUGGUGCCACCGAGUGCUUCCUGCUGGCCGCCAUGGCCUAUGACCGCUACGUGGCCAUCUGCCUGCCUCUCCGGUACGCGGCCCUGGUGUCCUGGGGCGCCUGCGUCCGCCUGGCAGCCGCCUGUUGGCUGGGGGGCUUUCUCACCCCCGUGUUGCCCGUUUACCUCAUGUCCCGACUGACGUUUUGUGGCCCCAACGUCAUAGACCACUUCUUCUGCGAUGCCUCGCCACUGCUGGCCCUGGCCUGCUCGGAUGUCGCCCCGAAGGAGACCGCAGACCUCCUGGUCUCCCUGGCCGUGCUCCUGGCCUCCUCUGCGGUCAUUGCCGCAUCCUAUGGCCGCAUCAUCUGGACGCUGCUUCGGAUCCACGCAGCUGCGGAGCGCAGAAAGGCCUUCUCCACCUGCGCGGCCCACCUGACCGUGGUGAGCCUCUUCUACGGCACUCUCUUCUUCAUGUACGUCCGCACCAGAGCGGCCUCUUCCAUCAGCUUCAACAAGGUGGUGUCCGUCUUCUACGCCAUCAUCACGCCCAUGCUCAACCCCCUCAUCUACAGCCUUCGAAACCAAGAGGUGAACGCAGCUCUGGGAAGAGCCUUCUCCUGCAGGUCUUGGAAAGGUCAGUGAGGAGGGCAGGUGUUGGGUGGGGUGCAGGAUCCUUGCCUAGCUUUUUAUAAGGAGAGUGGUGAGGACUCUGGAAUGGAACAGAGGCCUAGGAGGCACGAGUUAUGGAUUCAAUUCAGUUCAGUUGCUCAGUCGUGUCCGACUCUUUGCUACCCCAUGAACUGCAGCAUGCCAGG